UUUCGGUCGAACCAGAUCUUGGUAAACCUAACAGCGCGGGGUCGGCAUUUCCUUCCCAUCGCCGAACCACGGCGUCUUCCUCUCCAUCGGCGUUCGACGGUGGCAUCUUCCUCCGAUGAGGGGUUUUCGUGCGAUCUCCGGCGGACUCUUCUCGAGUCAAUAUCUUGGAGCAUGUUGUAUGGGCAGAAGUUUCAUUCUUGGUGAUAAGUGAUUCUGAAUAUAUAUAACAAUGGCUGGAUUUAGAACAACAUUUACUAGGUCGUUCUACAAUGCCAUAGAUUCUUGCUUCAAGGCAAGAUCUCUUGGGUCAUUCAUCUCUCCACUUGAAAUUUCAAGGCUAACCUUGUGCAGUGUUUCUUUAGUAUCACGUGACCUUACACCUGACAAAUACAGUGUACAAGACUGGCCUCGGCAACAUACAAAAACAAGUAAGGGCAAAUUGUUUACUUUCUUCCCUUUUGCUGAAACUUGGAGUUGCAGAACUGAUGGCAGAACGUAUUCAACUACACUUCCAGUUAGCAACCAAUCAAUCACAAAUUUGUUAAGCUUUGGACAUACUUUAUCUCCAUGGUGCUUAAAUGCAAAAUACAACUAUCGAACAUAUUCUUCCCAUUCUGGAGGCAAACAAGAUGGUGUCCAAAGUGCUCUUGAAAAUAUUGCAAGUACAGAAGCAUCAAAGGAUGGAAAUACUGGUGCUGUGGGGAAUGACUGGGUAGCUAUACUUGACCGUGCUCGUGAGGCUGUUGUGGAUGCGGCUAUUAGCACAGAAAAGAAAGUUAAAGACUCGUAUGAUAAUGUGACUCCAUAUUUGCAAGAGUUAUAUGAUUCACAUCCAUAUCUGGAGAAGGUGAUUGUUCCAAUCACUGGGACUGUGUCUGCUACAUUGUUGGCUUGGUUUGUCAUGCCCAAAAUAUUCAGGAAACUGCACAGUUAUGCAACGCAGAGUCCUGUUGCUUUGUUAUCGGGGAAUUCAACCAAAGAACGAGUUCCUUAUGAUAAAAGUCUAUGGAGUGCUCUAGAAGACCCUGCGAGAUACCUUAUUACAUUUGUGGCAUUUUCUCAACUAGGUAUCAUGAUUGCACCAACUGCUACAGAAUAUCUAUCACAAGCAUGGAGAGGAGCAGUUGUUCUUUCUUUCAUCUGGUUUCUUCAUAGAUGGAAAACCAACUUCUUUGCUAGGGCUUUGACAACCCAGGCCAUCGGAGGGCUUGAUCGAGACAAGCUGUUAACACUGGAGAAGUUGUCAUCCGUGGGAUUAAUUGUACUAGGAGUAAUGGGCUUUGCUGAAUCAGUAGGUGUACCAUUGCAAUCUAUUGUUACUGUUGGUGGCAUAGGAGGUGUGGCUACUGCUUUUGCUGCUAGAGACAUUCUUGGAAACUUGUUUAGUGGCCUUUCUUUGCAAUUAUCAAAGCCUUUUGGAGUGGGCGACAAUAUUAAAGCUGGAUCAGUAGAAGGCCAAGUGAUGGAAAUGGGACUCACCACCACGUCCUUGAUAAAUUCUGAAAAGUUUCCUGUCAUAGUUCCAAACUCGCUAUUCUCUAGUCAGGUGAUUGUGAACAAAUCAAGGGCUCAGUGGCGUGCUAGUCUUACCAAAAUACCUAUACGUAUUGAUGAUAUAGAGAAGAUACCCAAUAUUUCUGAAGAGAUAAGUUCUAUGCUACGAGCUCAUCCAAAAGUUUUCCUAGAGAAGGAUGCCCCUUAUUGUUACCUCUCUCGGAUAGAAUCAUAUGCAGAGCUUACCCUAGGAUGCAACCUCAAAAGCAUGAGAAAAGAUGAGCUAUUUGCCACAGAGCAAGAUAUUCUUCUGCAAGCGGCUAGGAUUAUCAGGCAACAUGGUGCUGAACUUGGAAGUACCCUAAAUGACUGCAUGAAAUGUUGAUUCAAAAUCAAUGGAUUUUGCUUAAGGUCAAACUUUUUCCUUGUUCUGAAAGCUCUCGUCUGUGUUUGAAGAAAGAGAUGACUGUAUAUGCGUGCAUGUUAGUCUCUCUGUUCGAGUGUGUGAUGACUGAUCGAUGAUCCUGUUGCCAAGGGGACUACAUUGUGAGAAAUAGGGAGGACCAGUUUAGGGUUUAGGCUGAAAACUGAACUCUCGAUCAACUUUGAUUGUAAUCAUCAUCUUUAUUUGUCAACAAGGUCUUCUGUUGUAAUUGCAACUCUAGCGGCGUUUACAAAGUCGUGUUGGCUAAUACAAUCACAUAAGAGGAAACGGCGGAUGGGACGAUAGGGCAAAAAAAAAGGGGUUCUUUCUGCGACUUGUAAAGGUUAUUCUCACUCAUUCCAUAACUCUUAACCUUGCAAGUUCGCAUGAUUAUUCCAAA